GAAAUAAUAAGAAUAACCUUGUCAAGUUAUUGUGGGGAGGCCAAGUAUAAAAGCUCAAGAAUGACCAAGGCGCGGCUGUUUACCACUCUGUGCUUUGUUUUCGUUUCUUGUGCGGUGGUUGGGUGUAUUUUACGAAUAUGAAGCUUUACUUACUGCUAUCAGCAGUGGCGUCGGUGGUCUAUUGCCAGCAAGCCAAAGUUCAGCAAUACACUACACCUGUACCAAUAUUAAAGCAAAUCGAUAGGCAUAAUGAUGAUGGCUCCUACAGUUAUGGGUACGAAAACGCUGAUGGUACUUAUAAAAUCGAAACGAAAUAUCCGACGGGAGAGGUGUACGGAAAAUACGGCUACAUCGACGAUACUGGUAAACUGAGGGAAGUCGAAUAUGGGGCAAGUAAACGUGGCUUCGAACCCGCUGGUACCGAAGUUACUGUUGCACCGCCGACACUCUCGAACAACCCGGAGGCCCUACGCCCCCUAGGGCCCGAAGAAGAAGACGACGGUCAAUACCGCGAGGAUCCGUCGAUUUAUUACAAAAACGACCCCAAUAACGUCCCGGUCGAACAACCCGCUUACACAACUUACGCCCGACAACAAACUUACCAAUUGAACAACGUUCCCACUUACACCCCACCGGCUUACACUCCACCAAGGCCAGCUUACACUCCCCCGACUUAUACUCCACCAGCUUAUACCCCACCCGUUUACAACCCUCCCACUUACAACAACAAUUAUUACAACAAUAAUCCUGUGCCUGCUCCUACUCCUAUGCCUCAAUACAAUUACAAUUAUGCACCUCAGAAUAGCUAUUGGAAUCCUGCUCCUGCUUAUAACAAUUACAAUCCAAAUAUGUUCCAGGGUCAUCCUGCCCAAAAUGUGGAUAUCUGGACCGGUAGUUAUACUGUAAAUUAUAGGAGAUAGUGUGCGUGUGUAUAUAUAUGAGUUAUUUAAAUGUAUAGUCAUGUAAUUAUCCAAAUAGUUGUUAUUGAACUGAAUUGCUUGCUGGGUCAAAGAGAUUAUGAUGAUUCGUUGUAUAUAAUAUGACCUCGAGUACUUUUCUUGCAUAUUAUUGUCGCCAGCAUAUCGUUUGCCAUAGUACCUAAGUUAAAUUAAGACAUAUUUAUAACAAACCCGCUAUGGACUUUGUAUUUUCUAGUUAAACUGUAACGGUCUGUAAAACAAUAUGUAACACGAUACAAAAAAAAAAUUGAAUAAAAAAGAUACAAGGUA